GCACAUAUGCGCAUGCGAGCAUGCGCGAUUCUCAUCAGGCGUACACUUACAUACGGUUGCGACAACUGUCCAUGCAGGGAAGUGAAGAAAUGUGUCGGUGAACAGAACGGCGCCGUUAAUAAACGAUGAGGAACGUCUUCUAAUAUGGCGGAGAGACAUAUCGCUACAAAGUCGGCCGUGGAGGACCAAGCAGGACCGGGGAAGGGAGGCAAUGUGAAAACUAAGACUGUCUCUUCCAGUAUCGGCACAAGAGGAGAGGGAUUUUCUGCCAAACGGCCGGGCCAGGACGACUCGGAGCAGGAGCCGACACCCCCAAAAGUGGCAAAGGCAGGAUUCAGCUUCAGCCAACCGUUGAAAAAACCUUCCCCAAUCUCAAUUAAAUUAGGAGGAACUACUAAAGUAAAAGAGACGGUGCCAUCAUUGCCAGCAAAAAAAAUCGCAGCUGUUUUCAACGACGACGAUGAUGAUAGUGAACCAGAAGAGAUGCCACCCGAAGCCAAGAUGAGGAUGAAGAACAUUGGCAGGGAGACUCCAACAUCAGCAGGACCCAAUUCUUUCAACAAAGGGAAGCAAGGGUUCUCUGAUCACCAGAAGCUGUGGGAGCGCAAACUGAAAGCUCAGACUGACCAGGGGCCCAGUAGUCCUUAGUCAUUCUACCUGAAAAACUUGGUAACACUUUAUUUAAUCUAAAAGGUAACACUUAAGAAUAACAGUCCCUUACAAGCCUUUAUUGACACAUUAUUAACAUAUUUUAAUGAACUAAUUAUAGACAACACAUUUAAAGUGUUUGUUAAUGAGUAAGAACCAACCUACAUUUACACAGCAGAGUUGGAAUCUGCUCCUGCCGGAUACCUUUGCUGCUUGUUUGUCUGUCGGACACUUCUACAUCCAGUCUUUUUGCUCUUUGGAGAACAAACUUCGAGGUCUGCUGCAGCCGUAUUGUCUAUUGUGUUAAAAUAGUAUUUCUUACUAAUUUAAACAUUUGUGUUGUUGAUUAUUAGUUCAUUAUUCACAAAGUGUUUAUAAAGCUUCUUAGUGACUGUUUUUCUGAAGUGUAACCAUUUAAAAGGGUAUAUACAUAAGGGUGCAUCCAGCAUGCAAAUGACAUGACUUAUGUUAGGAACAUUAAUCCUGACCAUCCAUGGUUGGGGCCAAUAAUGUGUCGUUAAUCCUGACAUGAAUUGUGUCAUAAUUAUGAUGGCUACAUGGGUCCCUUAUGAAGACCCCUUCAAAGAAAGCGUUACCUAAAAGACUCGUUAUGCUUUAUGGGAGUGUAAUUGUAAAUAAUUAGCAGGACAUUUUGGUGUUGCAUGUAUCUGUUCUGUUACUUUUCCUUAAUUGUACUAAGGCUUCUACUCAUAUUCAACUCGUAUUGUGUUCUUUUUUUUAAGUGUCAGAAUUUAUAAGCAACCAGUUUGUCCACCUCUCAAGGAGUUUUGAAAAUUUGCCAAUUUGCUGAAAGUGGAAAUAAAGCUAUCCAUGUUCUGUACAACAAUUGUUUAGUCUUCAAUUAUUGUGCUAUUAAAAAUAAAUAAUGAGAAAUUUUGAUA